CCAACUCUUUUGCUCAUACCAUCAUCAUCCCCUUAGUGAAUAUCAUAUUAUUAGCUUUUAUAAUAUGGCAUCAAGCUCAAUGUCGUCCCAAGGUUCUAGCUCAUGGACAGCCAAACAAAACAAAGAUUUUGAAAAAGCUUUGGCUGUUUAUGACAAGGACACACCUGACCGUUGGUACAAUGUUGCCAAGGCUGUCGGAGGGAAAACGGCGGAGGAAGUGAAGAGGCACUAUGAACUGCUUGUGAAAGAUGUGAAGCAAAUUGAGUCAGGGAAAGUGCCAUUCCCUAACUAUAGGACCACUGGUGGCAGCAACACCCGAGGAUGAAAAAUCAGAAGCUGAAUUAAUGAAGAUGAUCAAUGGACUCAUGACCUGUCAUCAUGCACCAACAUUAAACAACAAUGAACCCCAUUAUUAUGCUGCUUACCUACUAAUUAUAGAAUAAUCACAAAAGUAGUGAAAUCUAAGUUUUGUUAUGCUCUUAUAUAUAUAUGCAUGCAUGUCAGUAUUGAUGUAUUAAGAAGAGGCACAAAAGCUGUGAUCCUCACUUCCUCUAUGUUCUCUUUUUGUUGUUGUUGUCGUGAAACAACAAAAAUAUCUUAUUUGGAAUAUAUAUUAAUUUUAUAUAUUUAUAAUAUAUGUAUUUUGCUUUA